AUGAUUCCGGGGGUUAUUUCUACAGGUCUGCUCUCCGCUCUUACCCAGCUUGCGGAGAGUUGGGGAACCGGUGAGAAGAGUCGGCCGUAUUUCCGGAAGAGGCUUUGGGGGUCUUGGAGUAUGCUGCGGGCAAUGGUUACUGAUAGGGCUACUUGGAAGGCGCAUGUCAUGCUUGAUAAAGAAACCGGACUUGAUCCCCCCGGGAUAAAGCUUCGAGCUGCGCAAGGUUUCGAUGCUACGGAUUUCUUCGUCACUGGGUAUUGGUUGUGGAGUAAGAUUAUUGAGAAUCUAGCUAGCAUCGGAUAUGAUCCUACCUCGGCACACACAGCUUCUUACGAUUGGCGAUUAGCGUAUCAGAAUUUGGAACUUAGGGAUCGGUACUUUUCACGGUUGAAAAAUUAUAUUGAGACUGCUGCUAAGCUUUCUGAUAAGAAGGUGGUGCUGGUAGCUCAUAGCAUGGGGUCCCAGCUCGCGCAUUAUUUUUUCAAGUGGGUGGAGGCGGAAGGGUACGGGGAUGGUGGGUCGAGGUGGGUAGAGGAUAACAUUGAAGCGUUCAUAAACAUAAGUGGAUGCAUGCUCGGUGCUGUAAAAGGCGUGCCGGCAGUGCUAUCGGGGGAAAUGAAAGACACCGCCCAACUAAACCGCUUCGCAGUCUACGGCCUGGAGAAAUUCUUCAGCCGCGAAGACCGCGCGGAAAUCAUGCGCGCCAUGCCCGGGAUAUCCAGCAUGCUACCGAAAGGCGGCAACGCCGUCUGGGGCAACCUCACCUGGGCGCCCGACGACUCCCCUUCCCAGAAUACCAGCAACGGCGCAUUCAUAAAGUUCACUAAGGGGAACUACACGGAGGCGCAUGCGAAUCUGAGCAUGUCGGAGAGCCUCGACUACCUCUUGGAGAACUCAGACUCCUGGUUCCACAAUAUGAUCCGACAGUCCUAUUCCCACGGUGUAGCCCUCAGCGGCGCAGAAGUAGAGGCCAACCAGAAGAUCCCGCAGAAGUGGGUGAACCCCCUGGAGUCGCGGCUACCGUUUGCACCCAGUUUGAAAAUCUACUGCUUUUACGGGAUUGGAAAGCCUACAGAACGGAGUUACUACUUUCACGAGAACAAUGACCCCCUGUCCCGGUUGAACGUUAGCAUCGACACAACCGUUAGCGGUGAAGGCAGUGAUCGUGGGGUCGUCACUGCAGAGGGCGAUGGCACGGUCUCGCUCCUGUCCGCGGGAUAUAUGUGCGUAAAGGGGUGGCGUUUGAAGAGAUUUAAUCCUGCCGGCGUCAAGAUCAAGACAUAUGAGAUGCCGCAUCAACCGGAGAUGUUUGAUAUCAGGGGUGGUCCGAAUACUGGGGAUCAUGUUGAUAUUCUUGGGCGUCAAAAACUCAAUGAAUUAAUCCUUAGAGUAGCGGCCGGUGACGGCGAUAGCAUCAGUGAUAAUAUUGAGUCGGAUAUUGUGGCGAUUUCGGAAAGGGUUAAGAUUUAUGACGAUUAACCCAUGGGGGCCUGUUUAACGGGGGGGAGCUCGAGUAGAUUAGGUACUGUUUGGAGGGUAUUCCCGGAUAAAGGGGAGCAUACCGCUUUAGUUACAGUAAUUGGUUAGCUUUUGUCCUCUUUAUCACAUCUCUUUUCAUCCUUGUUAGACUGGAGCAUAUCAUAAUAUCGAUAUUAUUAUGGUAGCAGUGUGAACUUAUUUUAUCAGGAUGGUAGUCUAAAUAGGUACGGUUGUCAGGUAGAUAGUCGUGCAGUAGGACACGCCUGAUUAAUACCAUUAUAGUACUUGAUUAG